AUGGACGCUAAGUCAAGUGUCUGUUCAACGCCACAAGAAGCGGGCGCUGUGUUUGUGGACCGAUACUAUUUGGUGCUCCGUGAUUCCCCGGAAGAGAUUCACAAGUUUUAUAAUGAUUCAAGCAUGGUUAGCCGCCCGGGACCUGAUGAUAUCAUGGCCACCUUCACAACCAUUCAACAUAUUAAGAAACAUCUUCUUUCCUCCUUUGGUUGCAAGCAAUUUCAUAUUGUUUCCUGUGAUUCUCAAUUGGCGGCAAAUCAGGGUGUCUUUGUCGUGGUUACCGAAUGGAUAACUCCAAAUGUCUCGACUUCGAGUUCAACCACCGAUCUUUUUCUUGAGGAGGAUUUUUCGACAAGCGAUGUUUCAAAGGCUGGUUCGAGUUUAUCAAGUCAUGAUAUUCCUGCUGUUUCAAGUUCAGUACAGGAGGAUACGCCAGCUAUUUAUGUCGAAGAUGUUUCAAGUGUUGUUUGGAGUCCACAUCAAGAUGUGCCAACUGUUGAAGAUGUUUCCAUUGUUGUUCAAAGUGAUGUGUCAACUCUUCCCGUUGCAGAUGAUUCAACCACUGUUUCUAGUCUAGCACAACAUGAUGAGCCGAGUCUCCCUAUCGAAGACGUGCCAACUUUUCACACUAAAGAUGUUCCAACUUCAAAACAUGAAGUGGAAACCACUCCAGUCAAAGAUGUUUCUUCCAUUGUUUCGAACUCAACCCAACAUGACGGACCAACUUUUUGCAUGGAGGAUUUUCCAGCUAUUAUUUCGAAUUCGACGUGUCGUGUGCCAAUCGAUCAUAUUCCUAAGAAGAGUUUUUCGUCGGUGGUGCAAGUUUUGAAUGAAAACGAUGCCCAGUUCAAGCCGCCGCCAAUCAGAAAAUCUGUCAGAGUAUUACAAGAGCCGAAGAAAAGUGGACUUGAAGGAGAGAAUAAGAAUAUGAACACUGGGAAUGUUAAAGCUGAUGGAACAUCUAUAUUCGUUGGGAACUUAGCUACCGGUUCAAAACCUGAACAACUUCACGAAGCUUUCAAGAGAUUUGGACCAAUUAAAUCCAAUGGUGUUCAAAUUAAACUUGAUAGGUUAUACAGAUCAUAUGCUUUCGUUCAAUUCGAGUCUUCACGUUCUGCAAAAGCCGCUGUUCAAGCUUCAUUCAUUAAAAUUGGCAACCGAAAGUUAAAUAUCAAAGAGAAGCACAGUUAUUAA